AUGAACUUGGUUCGUUCAACAAAACAUCUUAUUCAAGGUUUGAGAGAAAAUGGUUGGGAUAUAUUGUUUACUAACGUGAUAUCUUUUUGUGAAAAGCAUGGUAUUGAGAUUCCUGAUCUUAAUGAUGUUCAUUCAACAACAAGAUUUGGAUGCUCCCGCCUUGAAGAGAAUCAAGUCACAAUUCAACAUUGCUUUAAAGUUGAAAUCUUUUUCACUACUAUUGACAAACAGUUACAGGAGUUGAAUAGCAGAUUCAGUGAGCAAACAAUGAAUUUGUCAACUCUUUCUUGUUCUCUGUCUCCUAAGGAUGGAUAUAAAGCUUUUAGCAUUGAUACUAUUUGUUCUUUAGUUGAAACGUACUUCUUGAUUGAUAGACUACUCCGUCUUAUCAUGACUCUUCCCGUUUCUACGGCCACAACUGAGAGAUCUUUUUCAGCAAUGAAAAUUAUUAAGACUAAGUUGAGAAACAAGAUGGAUGAUGGGUUUCUUGGAGAUAGCAUGACGGUAUAUAUUGAAGGGGAGAUUAGUGCAAGCAUUAGUUCUGAGUCAAUUACUGACGAUUUCAAGUCACUCGGAACGCGUAAGGCAUUACUUUAA